AUGAAGAGAAACGAGGAUUCAAAAUUCGCGGAUAUGUACGGGAUCCCCGUGGAGGUGCUCCGCGACGGAUUUCCUGUACCACUUCGGGGCGCUCCGGACGACGAGGUGCGCGGCGGCAACCUCAUGCGCGUCGCCACCACUGACGGCCUCGCCGUUGCCCUCUCUGAGCGGGCACCGGGGAGCGACGCUCUUCAGGUGUACCUCGUCUCCUACAUGGCGCCAAAAGAAGCGCAGGUCAUCGAGGAGAUGGCGGAGGACACGAAGACGAAGCAGUCGGAAGGAGCCGCCGCCGCUGGACCCGCCUUCGUCAUAGCCAACGAGCGCGUCCUCCAGGCCAAGGUGCUUGCCUUGAUGGCCAUGAGGGGAGAAAUUGCCAACAUAAACAUCACGAUGCAGGAAGUGCGUGCCAAGGAGGCGGCACCCUACUAUAUCCCUAAGGCGCCCCUCUGGACCACGGGCUGUCAGCCGGCGAGCACCUGA